CCCCUUUUUCCGCCUCAACACCAUCGCAAACCGCUGCACCACCAUGCAAGGCCCCAAUUCACGACUCUUCUCGACCGCAUCGCUAUCCCAGUCGUUGCGCUCCAUCAGGCCCCCGACGGCCACCAGCCCCGGUUCCUCACAGCUAUCCCAAAGCGGAAUACAGUAAACAAGCCUGGGUCCGAGCUCCCCCCCCCAGCUCCGCUGUCCCAGACAACGGGGCUCAUUAAACCCAGGGACCCCGACCCGACCAGGCUGCGUGCUGCGCCGGGUUGCGGUCAGAGAGCGAACCGACCGUGCGACUCGGGCAAAUAAUAAUCUGGCAACCGCCCUCGCUUGGGUUUCGACAUUUUGGACAUCCCUCGUCCCGACAACGCCUCCCUCUCGACGUUCCGGUGCUGCAGCGUGAGGCAGCGACAGCGACAGACACCACGUGCUCAAGUCCCGCCCGCCGUCCAGCCUUCCAUUGCAUCCAUUGCAUCCAUCGCAACACAACACAGCUGCAGGCGGACCAUCACACCGCAAGCUGUCAGCGGACGCCCCGCGCAGACACAAUGGCGGCCGUCGAGGGCGUCGCAGAGCACUACCAGGUGUUGGAGGAGCUUGGACGAGGUAGCUUCGGGGUCGUGUACAAGGGCAUCGAAAAGGCCACUGGCGAGACGGUAGCCAUCAAGCACAUUGACCUGGAAUCGAGCGAAGACGACAUCGAGGAGAUCCAAGCCGAGAUCGCCGUGCUCAGCACCUGCGCGAGCCCCUUUGUCACCCAAUAUAAGGGCUCCUUUCUACGAGGACAUAAGCUAUGGAUUGUCAUGGAGUAUCUGGGAGGUGGUUCAUGCCUUGAUCUGCUCAAACCGGCCAAUUUCAGCGAAACGCACAUUGCCAUUGUCUGUCGCGAGCUGCUCCUGGGCAUCCAAUACCUCCACAGCGAAGGCAAGAUCCACCGCGACAUCAAGGCCGCCAACGUCUUACUCUCCGAGGCCGGCAAGGUCAAGCUCGCCGACUUUGGCGUCGCCGCCCAGUUGACAAACAUCAAGUCCCAGCGAAACACCUUUGUCGGCACCCCAUUUUGGAUGGCUCCCGAGGUCAUCCAGCAAGAUGGCUACAGCUUCAAGGCCGACAUCUGGUCGCUGGGCAUCACCGCCAUGGAAAUGGCCAACGGCGAGCCUCCGUUGUGCCACAUUCACCCCAUGAAAGUUCUAUUCCACAUCCCCAAGAACUCACCACCCAAGCUCGAGGGGGACUUCAGCAGGGACUUUAAAGAUUUUGUCUCCCAGUGUCUCACAAAGGACUAUGAACGCAGGCCGUCCGCACAGGAUCUCCUCAAGCAUCGCUUCAUUCGCUCCGCCGGCAAAGUCGAGGCUCUGCAGGAGCUCAUCGCCCACCGCCAAAUGUGGGACGCCAACCAAAACCGCCAGAGGCACCCCAUCUACUACCAAGAGACGCUACAGUCCAUGGCGCCAAAGGACGACGACCAAGAGUGGGUGUUUGACACGGUCAAAUCGGUAGCCCCGCCCAGGAGGCCGACCAUCAAGCAUCGGAAGCGUUCCUCCAUGCUUGGCCUGGAAGACGGCCUCCGGAGGCUGGACGUCAGCGACGGCCCUCUUGGUGCCCCGUCUCCCGCGCCCGACACUGUUCGAAAGUCGACGGUGCGCCGUACAUCAUCCAUCGCCCGCACCUCGUCAAUCCGCUCCAACGGAUCGCCUCGUCCGUCUCUGGCCGCUAAGAAGCCGCUGCAGCCGGACAUGUCCUUUGGCAAUUCCGGCUCGACCAUGCGACUAUUCCGGAGAGUGCCAUCUGAUAGCUCAACGUCAGGGCAAUCGGCUCCCCGUCCCAGUUCUCCCGAUGACGUCUUUUGCGACGAGAACUUGCCGCCUCCGAUCGCGGCCCCGGUUGAACCGUAUGGUAAAGAGGCUAUUCUCGGGCGCAGGCUCUACAACAAGGCGGUAGAGCCUACGCUGGCCGAACUGCAUGCCCAGACCUCUGCCAUGCAGAAGCGAGAGGCGCUGGCCAAGCUCUCUGAUGCAUUCGCGACCCUUGAUGCGGUUGACCCCGAGGGCGCCUACCAUUUGAUGAGCAGCCUCGUGGCGUCCAUGUCACAGGACAAGAAGCUCAACGCGGCUCUGCUACGGCAGCCGCUGCAAAAGGUGCCCGACGACGGGACACCGCAGGGGACCGUCAUCAUUAAGAGCUCGACGCCCUCUGCUGGCAGCCCCAACAAGCUGAUACUCGCGGCCAACAACCCUCACUUACGAAGUCACCGCCGACGACAGACCGAGUCGUCCCCCCUCAAACUCGGCGAGAAGGAUGCCGAGAGGGAGAAGCAGUCGCUCCUCGAGGAGAAGUACCCAGGGUGUGACGCACGUGUGGGCAUGGAGCACUGCAAGCAGCUGUCUGACGUGCUCUACCAGCGCUGGACGGACAAUCUCCGCAUUCGCUGGCCCGCUGUCUGAGAUAUAACAACGCUGCACCGUUGUGGAUGUUGAGCUGAGAUGACGACCGCGUCAUUCGACAAUUUUUUUUUUCCUUUUCGUCUUCUUUGCUGCUGUUUCUUCCCGACAAUACCCUGAAUGGACUGUACGAUCUUGUGUGCGGAGCGAGCAUGUAUUUGCAUACCCCGGCAUUGGAAAAGCAUGACAGGCAUUCGGUUGUUGCUCUCAUGGCAACCCCUUUGUGGGACAGCCCUCUUAUGACAUGCCGGGUCUUUUGGGGUCCUGGUCUUUGCUUUCCACGGGCGACGGCGUUGGGGAAAACUGGUUUCUGGGUGUUCAUUGCGUAACUUGUCGAAGUAGGUAGUGUACGAUCACAUUGUGAAAUAAAGGAUGAUCUCAUAGAGGUAGUACAAGCCAUGUCA